CACACACACAAUAUGUACACUGUAUUAUAUAUUUAUUUUUAUCAUUUAUUAUUAUGGUGAUUGGUCGACUACGUGCGUCAUUAAAAAAUAAACACAAUAUUAUUAUUAUUUAUUAUCACGAAUAGAAUUUACAUUUUUUUUUUUAAAGUCUUACAAAUUACAAUCGUCAAGACGUCGACUCGAAGUCAUUAUUAUACCGUCAUCUCGGACCGUGGUGUAUUAUAUAGUAUUAUUAUGAUAUCGUAAUAAUAUUGUAUCGCGUUCGUUCGGCCGAAACCUGAAACGUCAAGACGAUCGUCAUCAUGAUAUUAAUAAUAAUAUUAUCUUAACUAUUAUUACGGGAGAUCGAGGAAUGAGCCAGCUACCCGCAGUCGGUAUAGUGCCAGUUACGUGAUCGCGACCGUACGCGUAAUAAAGUGUCGUAUAGGUAAUUCAUAUUAUCACACUCGGUACGCUGUACGGUAAAUACGUGUCCCGGCCGAUAUUGUCAAUAAUAUUUUAUUGUUUCGUCGCGGCCCGACGAUUUAUCAGAGUACGACAAUAUACCGACAUCGUUUCAAACUUCCGAUUUCGUUCUCAUGUACCUAUUGCUGUAAUUGAAACCCGAGUGUGGUACACCACACCAAGUCAAAAACCGUAGCUGCUCACUCAUCUCUUUUCAAAGUCAAGAACGGUUUGAACACUUAACGACAUGGAGAACAGUAACAAGAGACCGUUAGAAGACGAAUGUCAAUAUUUGCAUACAGAAACGAAAAAACCUAAAGCAUCUCAGGUCGCAUCAACGACAUCGCAUCCUAAAUCCUCUAAGGAAAUCGUUGGUAUAGAAGAUUUAUGCGAUGAUAUUAUCGUAUAUUUAUAUAAAUUUCUAACACAUGAUGAUCUUGCUAAAAUGGCACUAGUAAGUCGUAACUUGUUCAGAAUUAGUUGUGAUUGGACUCUUUGGAAGAAACCAAAAUUUGAACAAUAUGAUAAAUCCAUGGAAUACUUAUAUUUUGCCUACUUAAAAAAUACUACCACGGAAAUACAUAUAUCGUAUGAUGAUGUUCAAAGUCCUGGUCAUUCAGUUUCUCACAAUUUUUUAAUGCAAUUGGAAACAAUGUGCCCAGAAUUAGAACAUUUAACGUUGAGAAAUCAAAUAUUUGAUGCCAACGAAAUAAAUGUAAGGGUUUUACAUCGGAAAUUAAAAUCGCUGACUAUUGAUAAUACAACUAUUGAAAACAUUCCAGACAGCUCUUCAUAUUUAUGUGGUAUAAAUAAUUCUUGUCCAGAUCUAGAGAAAGUUAUAAUGACAAACAAUGAUUGGUUUUUGCCAAAUUGUUUGUAUGCAUUGGCCAAGCUGGAACGUUUACGCUACUUAAGUCUCGCAGGUUGCAAACAGUUUAAGGACUGUAUUCCAUAUGCAAGUAUAACUGCCAUAACAGGAUUCAAGAGUUUACAUACACUCGAUUUGCGUUUUACUCCAAUAAGUGAUCAUGAACUUGUAUGUUUUCAAAGAUUAACAUCUUUGAAAAGUGUUCUUUUGGAAAGUCCUUCCUAUAUGAAUCAUGAAAGAGAUGCAACAAUUACUGAUUUGGGUUUGGCUGGAUUUUGUACGGUGGCCUUUGAAUUUCAUUAUCCAUACAUACAAAUUUUGAUUGAUAGACGUGGUGGAGUGAACUUGAGAAGAGUUCAAGAUAGGCAUGGUGAUCUUAAUAGAUGCAAUAUUGAAACUUUGUGUGUACGUAAUUAUCCAAAAGUAACUGAUGCAUUUUUGAAGACUGCCGCCAGAAAUUGUCCACAUCUGAAAUCUUUAGAUAUAACUGGCUCAUGUUGUACUUUAGAAGAAAUUGAAUAUUAUAAAGCAAGCAGGCCUAGAACAAAGGUAAUAAGCUAAAAAGACUGAGAAAUAAUAAAUAUAUUGACAUAUAGGGUAAUAUAUUAUUAUAUAUACCCAACUUAACCAUGGAGGUAAGAUGAAAAGGGAAGUCAGACAUGUUCAAUCCUUAUAUAUUUUGUGUUAUAUAAAACUUAUUAUUUAUUCUACAAUGUGUUAAUAUUAAAGAACCAGUUUAAAAUUAAAUUAAUUUGUGAUGGUAAAUAAUUUAUUAUUUGUAUCUGUCAUCUUAUUUCUUUUAAUCUUUUAAAUCACCAAAAGAAUUUAAACUUAAAUCCAAGUUAAAAUCCAGAGAAACGUAUUUUAAUGUAAAAAAAAAUAUGAUUUACAACUUCAAAGUAAUAUUUAUUUAUAAAAAUAUACAUUAUUUCACACUUGAUGUUUUGAUAUUUUUUAUAAAUUAAUCUAUUAUUUUAUUAGUAUAAGAUUUGUUGGUAACUUUGAAUAUUUAAAUUUUAUAAUGUACUAAAUAUUAUUUGUUUAAAUAUAGGAAAAAAAGAAUCUUAGUGCUUAAAUUAUAAUUUAAAAUAUUAAUUAUUCUAUACACAAAUUGUACAUAAUAUACUGCUAUAAAAAUAAGAAAACAGAUGAGAUGAUACUUUUUUAAAGAAAUCUAGCUAUUUGUACCUUAUUCAGAGAAGUUUAAAUUUAAAUUAGUGCUUUUUGUGGGUACAAAUUUACUUGGUCAAAGAUUAAAAUUUUUGUAUAUCAAACAAAUCUGAAACAAUCAAUAUUCUUCUUUGUGUCUAAUGACAUUAAGCAUUUACAGUGAUUUUAAUUUUAAAUGAACCUUAUUUAAUAUUUAUAUAAGACAUUCUUAUUUUUAUUUAUGUUUUCUUAACAUUUUUAAUAUUUAUAAUACAUCGAUUAAUUAAUAUUAAUAUAAUAUAGUUGUAAAUAAAAUAUUACCAAAAAAAUAAAUCAAGUAAACUUAAUAUCUUCUGUGUCAGUAAAUAUUUAAUAGAUUAUUGAAAAGAUAAUACAACCUAAUCUAACCUUGAUAACUCGAAUCAGUUUGGGGCCAAAAAAAAAAUUCUUACAGAAAAUAUAUAAAAUAUAUAUUGUAAGACAGAGGCCGAGGCAUUCCUUGAGUUAUCAAAAAUUUAACUUAUAAAGGUUCGAGUUAUCGAGGUUACACUGUAAUUAUCAUACGUCUAGUAUAUUAUAAUUAUCUAUUCAUCAUAAUUAAGGCUUGGAAGUUGAUGCAUUUUUUAUUUUUUAUUUUUGGAGCUUUUUAGAUGAUGCUCUUCUAGCCACCAAUCUGUUUCAUUAGCAUAUGAAUCUGAAUAACUAAUUUUUAUUUUACAUUUUUUUUGCAUUUUUUGGUGUUAAUAACUUUUUAAGUAAUUUUUUGACAUUUUCCCACAUUUUUAGUCAUUUUUACUAAUUUUACACUAUUUCACUUAUUAUCGUUUUUAUUGUUUUUAAGGUCAUCAACUUCCGAGCCCUAAUCAUAAUCAAAUAUCCUUAAUUUUUAUAUAGUAUGCUCUAUACCUUUUAAAUUAUAAACAAAAAUAUUUUUAUGUAACACAAAAUUUUUACUAUGUAUGUACAUUGUACAAUAUAAUUUUAGUAUUUUAUAAUUCUUAAUUAAUGUUGUUGAGUAUAAAUAUAACAUAUUCCUAUUUCGUAAUUUAUUCAAUACAUGAACUCCUAUUAUGUCUUCUUAUGUGUUUUUAAAUAAUACUACUACAUUUGUUGAUUGUAUUCAAGUUUAAAUAUGUUAUAUUCAGUUAAUUUUAAUAGUAUUAACAGCAUUAAUGUUAUAAAUUGGAAUAAGUUAAGUUCAGAUGAUUAGUCCUCGCAGAAAUCAAUUAUUAUUUAAAAUUUGUUUUAAGUUGUAUAUAAACGUGAUUAAUAUUUAAACAAAUACUGAGGAAGUAAUGAAAAUAACAGUUUAUAUUAAAAUGUUAUUAUAUAAUUAUUUUAUGUUUAUAUAUUAUUUUCUUAUGUAUUUAAAAUAUUUAUAUCCUAAAUUUAACAUAACAUUGCAAGUACAUAAUAUUAUUAUUUAAAUUAUAUAUUGCACAUAUAAUAUUCAUUAGCAACAUGAAAUAUUAAGUUAAAAUAUGAAGGUUUAAGCGUUUAAAAAAAAAUGGUAUGAGUAUGAAAAUCAUACAAUUAAAUUUAAACAUUUUUAAAAUAAUUUUUAAUUGUAUGUAUAAAUAUUAGUUAUUUAUAGACAUUUUACUCUAAUUUGGGAGUAUUUAAUAAAUUAGUUUUGUUUGCUUUUAGUAAGAUUACAUUGAAUUGUUUAUGCAUUGUAAUUUUAAAAUUAAAUUGAAGAUUUUUGAAAAUUAUAAAAGUAAUAUUGUAUUACUGUUUUAUUAAAUCAUUAACCAACCAUUGAUGUAAAAAAUAUUUUCAGCUAUAAUUUUUAAUUAGGUUUUAUCAAUAGAACAUUUAGACAAUUUUGUACAUUAAUGCUUAUACUUAUUCUUUUAAAGUUAUGAUAAAAUAAUUUUAAUUUUAAAUAAAUGUUAGGAUUGGUAAAACUAUGUUGUUUAUUUUUAAGAGUUUGUAUCGUUGAUAUUUGAACCAAACAAUUAUUUUUGUAUUGUUAUUUGUUUUAUAUUGUGUUUCAACAGACCAACAUAUUUUUGAAUUGUUACUGGUGCGAGUCUGUAAAGGCUUGGCAUUAUUAUGAUGCCUGUCUGUUUUUAUGUAACACUUGGCAAAAUGCAUCACAUCCUGGCUCAUGUAUUUUAAAUAUAAGAGUGUUUUGGAAUAA